ACGUGGCUAGACGCAGCGACUGGACUGGAGCUGGUGUUGCUAAAGGACGAAGCAAACAGCGUGUUAUUGUGAAAAAAAGAAAAGGUAAAACAUGAGAAGAGUAUAAAGGAAGAGAGUUCAAAUAAAGAACAGAAGACCUCAUGAAAGCUUGAGACUGUGUGCAUUAAUGGAUUUUGUGUCUCUGUUUCUUCCGUUUUUCGUUCUCAAGCUUGUUAUUAAAUUAAAGUACCCUGAUUCCUUAAUAAUUAGAAGUCUCUUCCACGCCACCAUCAUUCGCCACUACUACCACCAUCAUCACCAUUGAUCGAAUCCUCUCUGUAACUUCUUUCUUCCCUAUAUUAUGCUACAAAUUGCUUCAAUUCCUUCCCCAGGCUUCAAUUUUGUUUUCUCUAGUUUUAGAUUUCCAUAAUUCUGUAACCAAAAUUUUCUUUUUGUUUGUAAUUUUAAUUAUAUCUGGUCCCUUCUUCACUGUCAAGUGUCAGAGAAACCCAUUUGAUUUUGCUACGUUUAUCUUGUAGUUGGCGAUUCUGAGCUCUGGAUUCUACAAAUAUAUAAAAUCUUGAAACUGUUGAGUUUUGAGUAUUAUCCAGCUUGCAACAAUGCCAGGCUUAGUCUCAGCAAAAAGCCCAGCCAAUGCAACGCCGUUACAAGAUUUACUCCGCCAAAGCGACAGUAAAACGCCAUCUCCGCUCCUAAAGCGAACGCCGCCACCCUCCUCCAACCUAAGAGCCAUACUCUCCAAAAAGACUCCAGAGAAGCUAACCGUCGAUGAAUCCUCUUUCGACAAUCCGGAUCUGGGUCCCUUUCUGUUAAAGCUCGCCAGAGAUACCAUUUCUUCCGGUGACAACCCGGAUAAGGCCUUGGAUUAUGCAUUUCGUGCAUCCAUGUCAUUUGAAAGGUGUUCGGGUUCGGGUCUGGAGCUGUCCAUGAGCCUACACGUGCUAGCAGCGAUUUAUUGCAGUUUGGGCCGGUUCGAGGAAGCGGUUCCGGUUCUAAAGCGUUCCAUUGAGGUUCCGAAUGUUGCUAACGGGUUGGACCAUGCGUUAACGAAGUUUGCCGGGUACAUGCAGCUUGGUGACACGUAUUCUAUGCUGGGACAGCUAGACAUAUCCAUCUCGUGUUACGAAUCGGGUUUGAAGAUACAGAUUGAGGCUCUCGGGGAUUUGGAUCCCAGAGUUGCAGAAACAUACAGGUACUUAGCUGAGGCCCAUAUUCAAGCAAUGCAGUUUGAUGAGGCACAUAGACUCUGUGUAAAGCUCCUCGAAAUUCACAGGAAGCAUAGUGCACCAGCAUCCCUUGAAGAAGCAGCUGAUCGACGACUUACAGCUCUUGUCUGUGAAGCAAAAGGAGACUUUGAAUCUGCCUUAGAGCAUUUUGUCCUUGCCAGCAUGGCAAUGAUCGCUGCUGGUCAGGAGAAUGAGGUUGCUGCUAUUGAUAUUUCCAUUGGCAACAUUUAUGUAUCCCUUUGUCGCUUUGAUGAAGCCAUUUUUUCUUACCAAAAAGCCCUAACAGUCUUCAAAUCUACCAAGGGUGACGAUCAUCCUACUGUAGCAUCAGUCUUUGUUCGUCUAGCGGAUUUGUAUUAUAAGACAGGCAAGCUAAGGGAGUCUAAGUCCUACUGUGAGAAUGCCUUGAGAAUACAUGCAAGACCUGCCCUCGGAACUGCAACCGAGGAGAUUGCUAGCAGUUUGACAGAAAUUGCUGCCAUCUAUGAAGCUCUGAAUGAGCCUGAUGAGGCAUUGAAGCUCUUGAACAAGGCAAUGAAGUUGCUGGAAGACAGGCCAGGACAGCGUAGCACAAUUGCAGGAAUAGAAGCACAGAUGGGGGUCAUGUUUUACAUGAUUGGAAGGUAUGGGGAGGCUCGGACCUCUUUUGAGAGUGCCGUUGCAAAGCUUCGGGCCAGUGGGGAGAGUAAAUCAGCCUUCUUUGGAAUUGUCUUGAACCAGCUGGGAUUGGUCAAUGUCCAACUGUACAAGAUAGACAAGGCAGCUGAAUUGUUUGAAGAAGCAAGGGAGAUUUUAGAGCAGGAGUGUGGCUCAUGUCACUUGGAAACUCUUGGAGUGUAUAGCAACCUUGCAGCAACGUAUGACGCAGUGGGGAGGGUUGGUGAUGCAAUUGAGAUAUUAGAGUAUAUCCUUAAAGUAAGAGAAGAAAAGCUUGGAACAGCAAAUCCUGAUUUUGAUGAUGAGAAGAAAAGGCUAGCUGAGCUCUUGAAGGAAGCGGGAAGGGCUAGAAUCAGAAAAGGAAAAUCUCUUGAGAAUCUCCUAGAUUCCAAUUCUGAGAGGAGGAAGAAAGGAGUUACGAAGAGGAGAUCUGGAUUUAGUAUUAGAAAUUGACUAAAGGAUCUGGGCCUUUAGUGUUACACUUAUUUGCCAUUUACGAUGAACUAAAGCACUUGGUAGGUAGUUUUAUGUAAUCCCCUUCAGGACGGCAAUAAAAACUUUUACUUUAUUUUCUCCGUC